CCAUUGCCUCGACUCUAUAACUUGGAGACCACAACUUCGCUCGAGAUAGACUCCGAAACAGCUCAACUCAACAAUUGAACUCAACUGGACCAAUUUCAAUCUCACAACCCGCAAUCAUGUCUACCACGAUAACUGAGACCGCCCCAGAGAGCUACAAGCUCGAGCUCAUGUCCGCCUACGGCCCCGUCUACCGCGACGUUCUCAAGACCCCGCCUCGAGACUGCAACGCCGCCGAGGUCCCCGUGAUCGACCUCUCCAACAUCCGCGGCACCGAAGCCGAGCGCAAAGCCCUCGCCGCCACCAUCCGAGAAGCGGCCGAGAAUACGGGCUUCUUCUACAUCAAGAACCACGGCAUCCCCAAGGCGACCAUUGACGCGGCCUUUACACAAGCGCAGGCCUUUUUCUCGCAGACGAAUGAGAAGAAGGCUCUGGUGACGCAGAAAAAGUCCAAGUUCUUCAACGGGUGGACCGAGAAGCGCGCUGCGCAGAUUUCGCCGACGGAGACCAAGGAUCAUCGUGAGGGGUUCAGUUUUCGGUAUGAUCCACGGUAUGAUCCCGAGACCAAGAACCCGGAUGCCGUGCCGGAGAAGGUGAAGCCGUGGAUGAAGCAUGAGGACUUUGUCUGGGAGGGCACGAGCCAUUUACCUGGGUUCAAGGACGAUAUGAUUACGUAUUGGCAGGGCUGUCUGACGCUUGCGAGGAGCUUGAUUCGGGCUUUUGCGUUGGCGUUGGAUGUGCCUGAAAACUAUUUUGACGAUGUCGUGACGUAUCCCGGAAGUGACAGCGUCUGCAACUACUACCCAAAGAACACGGAAGCGCAAGAUGCCACGAUCGACGUCGGCCUGGGCGCUCACACUGACCUACAGUGCUUCACCCUCCUCUGGCAGGACAGCGUCGGCGGGCUGCAGGUGCUCACAAAAGACGGCCAGUGGAUCAAGGUGCCGCCCGUCCCUGACACCUUCGUAAUCAACAUUGGCGACUUUUUGCAGCGGUUGUCCAAUGACAGAUUCAAGUCGACGGUGCACAGAGUCUUCAACUACGCCCCUGAGGACCGGUAUUCUAUGCCCUUCUUCUUUGGGUUCAACCACAACGAGCAGUGUUCUGUGCUUCCUACCUGCACAGAUGAGAAGAACCCGCCCAAGUAUGAGCCGAUUAGCUGUGGCGAUUGGUGUCGUUUGCGAUUUGAACGGACGUUUGAGUUCUCGAGAUCAAAAGACUCGAAAUGAUGUUGUUUAAAAGCGCUACUAUUUAUACUAAUUCUAUCUCUUCGACUGUUCCCGACUUAAAACACGAUUCUAACAGUAUAUCUGAGCAAGUGGCCUUAUUACGUAGGCAUCUGCGCUUUGCCAGUUCAAGAAGUCCUAUCCGGCUGUAUGUAAUGCCGCUACCUUCGAAAUCAUGAACGGGUCUGAUGUGAAGGUACAUCCAGGUAG